AUGGCGUCUCUUUGGCUGCUCGUACCUACCUUCCCGUCUCACGCCUCGCGGGCGGCGGCAGGUGGCGUGGCGGGCGAGAGCGGGUGGCGAGGCGGGGUGGUGAGGCGAGGUGGCGAGGCGACGGUGGCCGAGUGCAGUGCGGCGAGGGGUGGCGAGGCGAGGUGGGGAUGCGAGGUGGUAGGAAUGGCGAGGCGUGGUGGGCAGGCGAGUGUGGCGAGGGCAGAGGUGGCGAGGCGAGGUGGCCGAUGUGUCGACGAAAAAACUAGUGUUUCAGAUGCGAUUAUAGACUGCGAUGUCCUGAUGGGUUUUUGGACCGAAGGGCGGGACGAGCUUAUAUUGCGCGGAAAUUGGGCGAGAGCGGGAAUCUGCAAGAGAAAACAUUACUCAGAAGAAUUUGCAGUGAACAUCUCCAACGCGUGGGUGCUGCCGCAGGAAGGCUUUCCGGUCUUCUACCGCUACUUCCGGGACCGCAUCACGUGGUUCGAAGCCGACGCCGUCUGCCAGUUCCACCACGCCAACCUCGUCACCGUGGAUAACAGCGUGCAGUUCGACACAACUCGCGCCUAUCUAAAAGAAUUGGAUGUGGUGAAUAAUGUGUGGAUUGGUCUCAAGAAAGGUGGCCCGAACGAGCAGUUUGCUUGGACAACAAUUUUGUUCAUAUUUUUCUAA